AUGGAUCCCACUCGGCCAGCAACUGCAUCAGAUGUUCAUUUACAUACAGAUCCUAACUCAAAAGCUACAGUCACAACAACAUCUGCCGCAACGACAACCGCAGAAACACAUCAACAUCAUACUGGAUCCCCAGCAACAACAGAUGUAGAAAAAGAUAUUCAAGGAAAGAAAGAUGAAGUAUCGAAUAAAGCACAAGAUUUGGCCAGUCAAGGAAAAGAAAAAGUGGACUCUGCUGUUGAAAAAGGAAAACAAAUUGGAUCACAAGUCGCUGAUAAUGCAUCAAAAUUGAAAGAUCAAGCUCAUCAGAAAGUGGAGGAAGUUAAAGAACAAGCUGGACCCACAAUAGAUGCUGCCGUUGAACAAGCGAAAAACACAGGCGCUCAGGUAACUGAUGCCGCAGCUGAAAAAGCAAAUCAGGUGAAAGACGCCGUACAAGACAAGGCAGCACAAGUUAAAGAAGAAGUACAACCGAAAGUCGAUUCUGCUGUUGAACAAGCGAAAAAAUCUGGAUCGGAGGUGGCUGAUGCGACUGCCCAAAAGGCUGCUGAACUAAGGAACGUCGCAGAAGAGAAAGCUGGAGAGGUUGCUGAUGCGGCUAGUGAAAAAACCGAACAAACUAAAAACGCAAUUGUUGAAACAGCGAUCAAUGUGAAAGAUGCCGUUUUGCAUAAAGCAGAGGAAGCCACACACACUGUCGUAGAAACCGUUCAAGCAGUACCAGGUGCCAUAGCAGGUGCUGCAGCUACCGUUGGUGGUUAUGUUGGCGAAAAAGUAGCCGAAAUGGGUCAUUGGGCAGCGGAGAAAGCUGACGCCACAAUUCAUACAUUGAGUAAAGUUGGUGAAGGAGUUGAUCAAGCCAAACAGAAAGGUCAAGAACUGAAAAAAGAUGCACAAGAAAAGGGAGAAGAACUAAAAGACAAAGCAUCAGAAAAAGCUGAGGAUGUCAAACAGAAAGUUGGUGAAGGAGUUGAUCAAGCCAAAGAGAAGGGUCACGAACUGAAAAAAGAUGCACAAGAAAAGGGAGAAGAAGUAAAAAACAAAGCAUCGGAUAAAGCAGACGAUGUCAAACAGAAGGUUGGUGAAGGAGUUGAUCAAGCUAAACAGAAAGGUCAAGAACUGAAAAAAGAUGCACAAGAAAAGGGAGAAGAACUAAAAGACAAAGCAUCAGAAAAAGCUGAGGAUGUCAAACAGAAAGUUGGUGAAGGAGUUGAUCAAGCCAAAGAGAAGGGUCACGAACUGAAAAAAGAUGCACAAGAAAAGGGAGAAGAAGUAAAAAACAAAGCAUCGGAUAAAGCAGACGAUGUCAAACAGAAAGUUGGUGAAGGAGUUGAUCAAGCCAAACAGAAGGGUCAAGAAUUGAAAAAAGAUGCACAAGAAAAAGGAGAAGAAGUAAAAAACAAAGCAUGGGAUAAAGCAGACGAUGUCAAACAGAAGGUUGGUGAAGGAGUUGAUCAAGCCAAAGAGAAGGGUCACGAACUGAAAAAAGAUGCACAAGAAAAGGGAGAAGAAGUGAAACACGACAUUCAUCAAAAAAGUCAUCAACCUGAUAAUACAUCACACUCAGCAGCAUCGUCGUCUUCAUCAACUAGUCAAUCAGGUAACACAAAUGUUACGUCUACAAUUCCACCGCAAACGAGUACGACAGGCCAUUUGGAAACAACAAAAGUCGAAGUACAUAACCAAACAACAGGAAAGCCAGCACACUGA